AUGAGGGGAAAUUCAGCUUUACUUCCGGUAGGGUUUGCGAUUGCCUUUGGUAUUAUUAACGGAUACUCAAUAUUUCAACCUCUCGUUGUCGAGGAGCGUUUGAAGACCCUUCAAGAAAAAGGUGCUCCCGAAGCAGUAACUUCGAUGGCAUCACAAGAAAAGAAAACCGAGGCGGUCCAAAUCGCAAACGCCAACGAGAGAGCGGCCAAAACAGUGCUACAAAAGCUGAAGACAGAAGGGAAGCCUACGAGUAACUGA